UUUCAGGGUUCCAAUGAAAAUGGAUCCAAAAUAAGCAGCUUUCUUUUGUAAUGGGAUGAGGGUAAAGGUGAAGACUUCAAAAGUUGUUACAGUGGACACCUGAAACAGCACAAGCUCUUUAAACUGAACCCUUCGACAAAGUAUUCAUUCAGAUUAGCUGCCAAAAAUGACUUUGGCUGCAGCAAUUUCAGUGAAACAGCAGUCUUCUAUACAUCAGGAAAGACCCCUCCAGCACCACUGCCACCUAAGUUGAAAGAAGCGGGAAUCUACAAUUUGUCUCUAGAGUGGUGUGCCCCAACAAACCCAAACCCAAAUGACACUCUUACUUAUGUGCUAGAGAUGGAGGAAGCAAAAUCUAAGCAGCAUAAGUUACUGUGUCCAUAUUUCCAAAAUGUAAAUCAAGCAGAUAACAUUGAGAUAAGUUCAGCGAAUCUCUGGAAAAUGAUCUACAAUGGCACUCAACAGGAAUUUCUGUAUGAUGACCUCCAACCAGCCACCACAUAUAAACUGAGAGUCUUAUGCACUUCACUUGCAGGCCAAAGCCGUCCUUCAGAUGUACUGACAAUUCAGACACCUACUCUUCCACCCCAGUAUUGCUGUUCACAGCCCUUACGUGGUAAAACCAAGGGCAAGGAUGCCAACCUUCCUGACAAUCGUUCUGUUAAUGGGAAGAUGGAAGCACUUGUGCAUGACAAAAAAGCAAAAGGUCCUCAUCAGAACAGAAGGGCGUACCCUAGCUCUGAAAAGAAAUGUGUACUAACUGUGAAUACAGUUAGGGUUGGAAUGUUUGGAGGAACUGCAAAAGUGACUACACCUGGAAACAUCCCAGCAAGGGUCCCUGUGUUACAAGAAAUUAAAAACAGAGUGCCUGCCAAGCUCUCAUCAACUUGCAUAGCUAUCCGAUGGGAGGAGCCAGACUGUCAUGGCUCACCUAUCACCAGAUAUAAUAUUGAAUAUGGAGAUAAAAAAAUCAUGACUGUCAAAAGAAUAACUGAGAAUGUUCUGAACGGUCUACAACCUAAUACUACAUACAGAAUCAGAAUUCAAGCUAUCAAUCAUUAUGGAGUAAGUCCUUUUAGCCCAACAAUAAGAUGCAAAACCAAACCACUACCACCAGAGCUUCCACAGCUUAAUUGUGUGGUCUAUGGACACCAGAGUCUCAGACUCAAAUGGGGCACCGUCUCAAGCAAAAAGACACUUGCCCAUUUUAUCAACUACAACUUACUAAUUGAAGAUCGAUCUGGCAGAUUUUCUAUCAUUUACCAUGGGUCAGAUGUGACUCACAAAGUACAAAAAUUGAGNGAGUAUACAGAAUACAAGUUUAAAAUCCAGGCAUGUAAUGAAGCUGGGGAAGGACCAGAGUCUGACAUCUACACUUUCACUACUACAAAGUCCCCACCCACUGCACUGAAAGCACCUAAAGUCCAUCCACUGAAUAACAACUGUUNUGAGAUCAAAUGGGAGUCUUUGGAGCCAAUUGAAGGUGAUCCCAUUAUUUACUGUCUUCAAGUCAACACUGGAAAAAAGGCAUAUCAGAUUUAUAAAGGACCAAACACUUCCUUUUCCUUUUCCAACUAUCAUACAAAUUCACGCUAUCAAUUCAAGGUCUGUGCAGGACGCCGAUACGAAACCUCCACUGGUCUUCAAGAGCUGUGGGGGCCAUAUAGUCCCAGUGCUCUUUUCUCAACUUGUAAGCAUCACUCCGGGCAUGGCAAAGGCAGUGGGGGUAAAGGAAAAGGCAAACACAAUGGGAAAGUGGGAAAGUACAGGAUAGGGUUUGCACUUAUUGCUAUUUUGUGUGCUGUUGCUAUUCAGUACUUCCUGUUCAUAUAG